UCACCCGUGCCGCGGCGCGGGGGGUGGGGAUCUCCCCGCCGCCGCCUGAGGAAUGUCAACUAUUCAACAUGGAGACGGCGGUUACCAGGCUCGAGACCCUGUUCCAGAAAGCAGAAUCUGAUCUGGAUUAUAUUCAGCGCAGAGUGGAGUUUGAAAUAAUGAAAAGUCUUCCUGAUGAUGCAGCAGCAGAGGAGAAUCCAGCUGCUCUCCUGAAAGAGCUCCCACUGCUGAAAUCCCGUUACAAAUCCCUGUGUGCCCAGAUGGAAGAGAUUUCCAUGGAGCAGAAGGAAUCCAUGGAGAGCAUCCGUGCUGCCCUGGAGAAAACAAUGAAGAUAGUUCAGGCACUGCAGCAGCAAGCAGGGCUGGAGAGCUUACCUCUGUCACAAGAAGAACAGACUGCAGCCCAGCAGUUAAACUUGCAAACUGGGAAAGAAAUGGAAUUUUCAGUGGAAGAGCCAUCCUGCCUAGAAUCUACAGUCCCUGGCUCAGCUGAAGAACCCCAGUUCACACCAUUGACUGAGGAAACAUUUAUGAGUGUGCCCAGGAGCAUCAGAAGCACUGUCAAAUUAGCAGACUUGAACCAUUUGUACAAAGAGUUAUUUAACCACUUCAUUGUACAGAACAACAGAGCAGCCCUGAGCCUUUCACAGAUGAACAAGAUGAAAAUGAAAGUCACUGACUCAAGAAUUAAAAUCCUGAAGGAACUCGGGAUUGUGGAACUCGACAAACAAGGAAAUGUUAAAUUAGCUGUGUAAAUGAAAUUCUGUUGAUAAUACUUGAAAUAUGAAAGUUCAGAAACACUGAGGUUAGCACUUUACCAUGGCUGCUUGAAGGAUUAUGGUUGGUUAUGCAUUUUUAAGGAAUGUUGUGAGCCACAUGAAGCUUCCAUUUCCUUGCUGCAUUCCUGGGGGAGGAUUUAAAGGCAAAUAAUCCGAACCUCUUAAUUAUACUUGCAUUCCUGAAUAAAGAUUUAUUAUACUUUA